AUGACCAGUCUCGAGAGGCUGUCCGAUCAGGCGCGCGAGGACAACCGGAAGGUCCUUUUCGCCGAAAUCAUCAACAGCGUUGCUCUUGAGGGUGGCGCAGCACAGGCCAACGCCGCGUUUGCAGGUGCCCUACUCGGUGCUUACCUCGGCUAUGACGCCAUUCCUGAGAAGGCGAGAAGGGGUCUCAGUCGUAGAAGGUUCCUCAUGCGCAAGUCUCAGAUUUUUUGCGAGGUCUUUGGUGUAAUCUCGGGUGAUCUGGAUAUGGUCGAAGAGGACUCCGAGAUUGGAGCUGAGCCGGAUGAAAGACACAGAACGGCCAUCCAGAGGGCGAUUCAGCGCGACCAUGAUUUUAGACUUGCCAUGCUGAUCAAGAGAUGGGAGCGGAGGAGAGAUAAUAUGCCAGCGAGCGCUUGA